AUUUGCACAAACAAUAAUGCGACGGAUCAGCAGGAUGGCAGAAGCGCGUUCCCGACCCAGUGAGCGCGGCUGAGGGUGACCCAUCAUCGGCAGCUAUGCUGCGUUCAUCAAACACCGCAUCCCUGAGCCUGUGGCCCGCAUACCCCAGCUGAAGCUCGAGUAUGCUAUCAUCCCGCUCCGGCUGCUGAAAGCUCCACACAUGCGUGCAGAAUGUAUUUCAACAGACGGUCGAAGAAGAUCCACAGCGAGGGAGAACAGUUAGUGUUGACCCCUCUUAGCCAGGACUCCCCCCUCCGGCAGGACGAGCCCGUGGGCUCCAACAUGCGCCCCCACCUUGCAGACAGGUUUGAGAAAAGUGAGUGCCCUCCCCAAGCGGACCGCUGCCUCCCGCUACUGCUUGGAGCCUCACAGCGACCCAAGCUGCCAGCGCACCCCCGUUCCCCUUGGGGGCCACCAGGACCUGUGGGUCACCUUGGCAACAGGAACAACAUGUCACGGCGAGGGCACAACAAGUCUAGGAGGAGCUCUGUAGGACCCGCGUGCUCGGCCGCCGGCUACCGCAAGGCAGAGGAUGAGAUGUCCGGAACCACAUCCCAGGCGGACCCGAUAGAUGCCACAGCUCGGAUUGUGCUGCUCAACCGAGCCCAGACCACCAAAUUUUGUGACAACCAUGUCAGCACUGCUAAAUAUGGGAUCCUUACCUUCCUUCCACGGUUCCUGUACGAACAGAUCAGACGAGCGGCUAAUGCUUUCUUUCUCUUCAUCGCUCUUAUGCAGCAAAUCCCUGAUGUCUCACCGACGGGUCGCUACACAACACUGGUGCCCCUUAUCUUUAUUCUGACAGUGGCUGGGAUCAAGGAGAUCAUUGAGGAUUAUAAAAGACAUAAAGCAGACAAUACGGUGAACAAGAAAAAGACAACAGUUCUGCGUAAUGGAGCAUGGCAGACCAUCAUAUGGAAGCAGGUGGCAGUGGGAGACAUGGUCAAGGUGACCAAUGGGCAGCAUCUCCCGGCUGACAUGGUCAUAGUGUCCUCCAGUGAGCCUCAGGCGAUGUGCUAUACUGAAACAUCCAACUUAGAUGGUGAGACCAAUCUAAAGAUCCGACAGGGUCUCCCUCUCACAGCUAGUUUUCAGUCUCUGGAGGAACUGAUGGUUUUGUCUGGUCGUCUUGAAUGCGAGGGGCCAAACAGACACCUGUAUGACUUCACUGGAACACUGCGCUUAGACAAUCACAACCCAGCUCCUCUUGGGCCGGACCAGGUGCUGUUACGAGGCGCCCAGCUCAGGAACACGCAGUGGGUUGUGGGAAUUGUAGUUUACACUGGACAUGAUUCCAAGCUAAUGCAGAAUUCUACUAAAGCUCCACUGAAGCGCUCUAAUGUGGAGCGCGUGACAAACAUGCAGAUCCUUGUUCUGUUCGGGAUUCUCCUGGUCAUGGCGCUGGUCAGCUCCAUCGGUGCCGCCAUAUGGAACCAACAGCACACAGAUGAGGCUUGCUGGUACCUUUCCCGUGCAGGUGACAUCUCCCUGAACUUCUGGUACAAUCUGCUAACCUUCAUCAUCCUCUAUAACAACCUGAUUCCCAUCAGCCUCCUGGUCACACUAGAAGUGGUCAGAUUCACACAGGCUCUCUUCAUCAACUGGGAUACUGAGAUGUAUUAUGCUGAAACAGACACUCCGGCUAUGGCCCGAACAUCCAAUCUGAAUGAAGAACUCGGCCAAGUAAAAUAUCUAUUUUCAGAUAAGACCGGCACUCUCACCUGCAACAUCAUGCAUUUUAAGAAGUGCACGAUAGCUGGAAUUACAUAUGGGCAUUUCCCAGACCUGGAGUGCGAUCGAUCCAUGGAGGACUUCAGGUCAGAUACCACUGAUUCUAUCUCUGUCCUGUACCCUAGUGAAUAUUAUGCAGGUCUACCCACAUCCCCACAGAUUUGUGAGUUUUUGACCAUGAUGGCUGUUUGUCAUACUGUUGUUCCUGAGCGAGAAGGAAACCAAAUUAUCUUCCAGGCUUCCUCACCAGAUGAAGGAGCUCUGGUUAAAGGUGCCAAAAGUCUAGGAUUUGUUUUUACUGCACGAACGCCACAUUCAGUCAUCAUAGAGGCGAGAGGAACAGAGCAGACAUAUGAGCUUCUUAAUGUACUGGAAUUCUCCAGCAAUCGCAAAAGGAUGUCAGUGAUCGUCAGAACACCUACAGGAAAACUUCGACUUUAUUGCAAGGGAGCGGACAAUAUGAUUUUUGAGCGUCUGAAUGAGACGUCACAGUAUAAGGACCUGACCGUGGCCCAUCUGGAGCAGUUUGCCACAGAAGGGCUGCGGACGCUUUGUUUUGCGUAUGUGGAUCUUGAGGAGGGGGCGUAUCAGGAAUGGCUGAAGGAGUACAAUCGUAUCAGCACUGUGCUAAAGGACAGGGCGCAGAAACUGGAGGAAUGCUACGAACUUAUAGAGAAGAACUUGCUGUUGCUGGGUGCCACUGCAAUAGAAGACCGACUGCAAGCAGGAGUCCCGGAAACCAUAGCAACACUCAUGAAAGCCAACAUCAAGAUCUGGGUUCUGACCGGAGACAAGCAGGAGACGGCCAUCAAUAUUGGUUACUCCUGUAAGCUGGUGUCACAUGGCAUGUCCCUCGUCAUCGUCAAUGAAGAUUCCCUGGAUGCAACCAGGGCCACACUAACAGCUCAUUGCUCCUCGCUGGGUGACAGUCUGAGGAAGGAGAAUGAGUUAGCGCUCAUCAUAGAUGGACAGACACUCAAAUACGCCCUCUCUUUCGAAGUGCGUCAGGCCUUCCUCGACCUCGCACUGUCCUGCAAGGCCGUCAUCUGCUGCAGGGUGUCUCCGCUGCAGAAGUCCGAGAUUGUUGAUAUGGUGAAGAAGCAUGUGAAGGCCAUCACGCUGGCUAUCGGAGACGGAGCCAACGAUGUGGGCAUGAUACAGACGGCACACGUGGGUGUGGGCAUCAGUGGGAAUGAGGGCAUGCAAGCCACCAACUCGUCUGACUACUCUAUAGCUCAGUUCUCAUACCUGGAGAAGUUGUUAUUGGUUCACGGGGCUUGGAGUUACAACCGGGUCACCAAAUGUAUCCUGUACUGCUUCUACAAGAAUGUGGUUCUGUACAUCAUAGAGCUUUGGUUUGCGUUUGUAAAUGGUUUCUCUGGACAGAUCCUGUUUGAGCGGUGGUGCAUUGGCCUGUAUAAUGUGAUCUUUACUGCUCUUCCUCCUUUCACACUGGGGAUAGUUGACCGGCCGUGCAGUCAGCAGAACAUGCUACGAUUCCCUCAGCUGUACCGCAUCACGCAGAACGCAGAAGGUUUUAACACUAAGGUCUUUUGGGGUCACUGUAUAAAUGCUCUCAUUCACUCCAUUAUUCUCUUCUGGUUUCCACUCAAAGUUCUGGAGCACGACACUCCCUUUGACAACGGCAACAGUGUCGACUACCUGUUCGUGGGGAACAUCGUCUACACGUAUGUAGUGGUUACUGUAUGUCUGAAAGCGGGUAUGGAGACUACAGCAUGGACAAGGUUUUCUCAUUUGGCUGUAUGGGGCAGCAUGGUGCUCUGGAUGUUGUUUUUUGCUGUCUAUUCUGCGAUCUGGCCAACUAUUCCUAUAGCACCAGAUAUGUUGGGCCAGGCCGGCAGGGUGAUGCAGUGCUGGAGCUUCUGGCUGGGCCUGAUACUGGUGCCAACAGCAUGUUUACUCAAAGAUGUGGUGUGGAAUGCAGGACGGCGCACAGUGAGGAAGAGUCUUUUAGAGGAAGUGCAGGAACUGGAAGCUCGGGCUGUGGACCCUGGGGCAGCUGUCCUCAGAGAUGCCAGCGGCCGCAGUCUGAACGAGCGUGCCCACCUGCUGACACGGGUCUUCAGGAAAACACCUUCCAGCGUGGGUCGCUCAAACUCUGUGCAGCAGACCGUGUCACAUGGAUAUGCGUUCUCACAGGAGGAGCAUGGUGUGGUGUCUCAGUCCCAGGUUGUUCGCUCCUACGACACCACCCGUCAGCGGCCCAGUCUGUAGCUGAAGCUACAGUCACAGCUGGUAGAGACUUUAAUGACAACUGUGCUGGGUGAUCCUGCUGUGGCCUAUAAGCUGAACUAAACUGAACUGGGCACAGCUAGCGCAACAUUUGGCCGAGCUACAUAACACACCGCCUCCCGAUGAGGGACUGGAUUUACAGGAAACAGAGGGUUGGGUUGGGCGGGCAUAUUCUCACACCGAAACGGCCAGUCGAAAUGCACUAGACAUGAAUGGACAGGCGAAAGGAGCCAAGUAGCAUCCAGAAACGGAAGCCAGAGACAAUAUUGUCUGUAUCACAAUCACGAGUCACAAGAUUGCUGCAUUUGGUUCUAUAUCGUGUAGGUGCGUGUUUGCAUCUGCACUUUCAUGUUAUGUGAGCAUAUAUAUCAAGAAGGAUGUGCAUAUAGCUUGUCUGUUGCACUCGCUCUUAUCCGUCAUGUGUGUGUCGGUUGUGGGGCGGCUUUUUGCGCUUCUCACUGUGUCUGCAUCUGUGCUUUUGUUAAGUCCUAGUGUCUGCAUCUCCAGAGAUUGGAGUUUGGCGUAUCUGUCAUCACCACGGCGAAGCAGGAGGGGAGGCCACUCUAAACAAACACAAAACAGCCACCCACAUGCAUACACUCUUUCUGGAGGAAUGCCCAUUGCAGACCUGAGAUGGGGGAGGUGUGGCUUACAGAUGCCGCAGACACACGCAUGCACCCACACGCAUGUACCGUUCCCAUCCAGUGAGGCUGCCAAAACACACAGCCAUUCCACAGGAGGCGGAACCCCCACCCUGCAGCAUGGAGCUUCCCAGCUUACCACACACACACAAAUACACCUUCUCUCGCUCUCUGUCUCACCUAAUCUUCUACUUAAGGGCGGCCUCUGUAUCUUAGAGCUCCUGUUCUCUCCGCCUGCGCCUCUCUUUUAUUCUCUCUCUUUUUCCAGAUCAGCAAUCUCCAUGUCUCCUUGUUCUCUUGGUCUAGUUAUCCUUUCAUUCCCUCUGUGUUCCAGUCAGUGGCCGCUGUGGAUCACAGCUGUAGUUUUUGCUUUGUCCGCUUUCACUCAACCUGUCGGAUUUCUGGACUGAUUUGUCAAAUAAACUGGACUUGUGACUCUGUCA